AAAUUGGCUUACCCGGCACUACUAUUGACGGUCGUUCUCUGUCGGCUUGCAUACUCUUUCUUCCUAGCCGUCCAUGGCGUUACCUCCCAUGGAUGAGGGCAAGCAUCUCAGCGAGGCCCUUAACACCGUAAAAAUUCAGUUUCAACAGAUGAAGCGGAACUUGGAGUUGGAUCAGCUCAUGGACGCGUUGAAGAGCGCCAGUUUGAUGCUUGCUGAGCUCAGGACGUCGUCGCUCUCACCGAAGCAGUAUUACGAACUCUAUAUGGCUGUAUUCGAUGCGCUACGACAUCUCACCAACUAUCUCUACGAUGCUCACACGCAAGGACGUCACCACCUAGCCGACCUUUACGAGCUAGUCCAGUACGCUGGCAACAUCAUUCCCCGUCUUUAUCUCAUGAUUACCGUCGGCGCCGUGUACAUGUCCAUUCCCGAUGCUCCAGUAAAGGAAAUUAUGAAGGAUAUGAUGGAAAUGUCCCGAGGAGUCCUCCAUCCUAUUCGGGGAUUAUUUCUGAGGCACUACCUGAGCGGGCAGACCAGAGACUAUCUGCCGGUUGGUACUGAAGAAGGCCCUGCCGGGAGUCUACAAGACACCAUUUCAUUUGUCCUCACUAACUUCAUCGAAAUGAACAAGUUAUGGGUUCGCCUGCAGCACCAAGGGCAUUCACGGGACCGUGAAAAGCGCGAGAUGGAACGACGCGAAUUACGGAUUCUUGUUGGCACAAAUCUCGUUCGGCUCAGUCAACUUGAUGGCGUUGACCUCGAAAUGUACGAACGCCUCAUCCUUCCGGGUAUCCUUGAACAAGUCGUAAACUGCAAGGAUGUCAUUGCUCAGGAGUAUCUAAUGGAGGUCGUCAUCCAAGUGUUCACUGAUGAAUUUCACCUACACACCCUUGGUCCAUUCCUCUCAGCCACCGCCCAGUUGCACCCCAAGGUCAACAUCAAAUCUAUCGUAAUUGCUCUCAUCGACCGUUUGGCGGCUUACGCUGCGCGGGAAGCAGAAAGCGAAGAUCCAGAAGAGACAAAGCGGCAAGAGGAAGCGGCCGCUCGGCGUUUGGCGGAAAAAGUGAAACUCCAGAAAGCCAAAACUCGAGAGAAUGGUUCUGUAUCAACUUCGUCUGUGGAAGAAAAUGCAUGGGGGGGUUCUACUUCACCGACAACGGCCAGCGUAUUGGAAGCGGAAAAGAUACCAGUAAAGGGUUCCAGUCCCCAGCGGAAAGGUAAAGACAAGGAAGGUUCUCCAGUGCGCAAGUUCAGGGGAGUUCCGGAGGACGUUCAGCUUUUUGAGGUCUUCUGGAAGCAGGUCGUAGAGCUCAUCAAGGCGCGGCCGGAUCUCUCUAUCCAGGAUAUCACGGCGUUGUUCGUUUCUUUGACAAAUCUUUCUCUCAGUUGCUACCCGGACAGACUAGAAUAUGUGGACCAGGUGCUUGGUUACGCCGCCGAGAAGAUCAAGGAAUAUUCCGACAGUCCUGAUUUGCAUGCCCAGCAGACUACCUCUAAUCUGGCCGCUCUUUUGGUCGCACCUAUAAACUCUUACCAGUCCGUACUCACAUUGCUGGCUAUCCCGAACUAUGCCCCCCUGUUAACGAAACAGCUUUUUUCUACGCGCCGAUCAAUAGCGCAUUCCAUUAUAUCGUCCGUGUUAAAGAACGAAACUGUUGUUGAAACACCGGAAGAUGUGGAUGGGGUGUUGGAACUGUGUCACGUUCUCGUCAAGGACCAGUCGGAUGCUGGAGGGGGAGUUAGUGUCAACGGUUCACAGCCCAAUAUAAAGGAUGUCAGGAGACAAGGGCCGUAUUCCAUAGAACGUGAGGAGAUGGCUGAGGAACAGGGAUGGGUCGCGCGAAUGGUGCAUUUGUUCCGAGCAGAUUCUCUAAGUGUCCAGUUUGAAUUACUGCAAAUGGCUCGAAAGCAUUUUGAUGCAGGCGGGGAGCGGAUGCGAUUCACUUUCCCUGCUCUAAUAACAUCAUCAAUAAAACUAUGCAGACGGUAUAAGAACAGAGAACACCUGGAAGAAGACUGGGAAACACAAGUUUCCUCCAUCCUUAAAUUUGUUCGACAGCUAACUUCGAUUCUCGCGACUCAAGUAGACGCGCCAAGCAUUGCUUUGCGGUUAUUUCUACUGUCGGCGCAGAUUGCUGAUGAAUGCGGGUUUGAAGACUUGACGUAUGACCUCUAUGUGCAGGCGUUCAGUGUGUACGAAGACAAUAUAUCGGACUCCAGAGCGCAGCUUCAGGCAAUAACCCUCAUUAUUGGGACAUUGUCGGGCGCCAAGGUGUUUGGGACAGAUAACUAUGAUACGCUGAUCACAAAAGCGGCCUUACACGGAGCCAAAUUGUUGAAGAAGAGCCACCAGGCGACAGCUGUUGGAUUGGCGAGUCAUCUAUGGUGGCAGGAUCUCCCGACAUCGUCAGAGGCGGCUGACGGCGAAGCAAAAGCGGAAGUUAAUGAGAAAACGAAGGAGGACGGUGGAGAGAGUACUGUCAAAGCUUAUCCGCACCGCGAUAGUAAGCGUGUGCUGGAAUGUUUACAGAAAGCUCUCCGUAUUGCGAACUCUGCCAUUGAGGAGAUCGUGACGGUCCAGUUAUACUGCGACACACUUGAUCAUUAUCUUUAUUAUCUCUACCACAAUGCGCCAGCGGUCGCUCCGAAGUUUAUCAAUAGCUUGGUUGAGCUAAUUUCCACGAGCAUUGGAAACAUCUCGUCGCCCGAUGUACAUCCUUCUCAGCGCGCACCUCCCGGUAUUCUGGACGGAGUACAGACGCCUGAGAUGAUUACACGGCAUUUCCGAAAUACUCUUAUACAUAUUCAGACCCGAAAAGAUGUUGCACCGGAGGGGCCGUGGGGAGAAGUAGAUGUAAUUGGUGCUAUGCUGAAGAUGGGUCUGGGACGGUGAUAGUGCUCGAUUAUUUUAUAUUGUACAUGGCUUUUUUUGCCUCUCUUUAGUACCGCUUUGAACAGGAUCUGGAACUGACGAUUACCAAUUAUGUAAGCUCCAUUACACUUUUUUUCGGAUCGUCCUGC